AUGUCGGCACCUACUCGCUAUAAAGUCGCAGCUGGUACUGCAGUGGCCGCUGGGUUGUUGAGAAUCGCAUAUCCAUAUCUCAGCAGAGAUUACCAUGCUUUUCGUCAAACAUCCUCAUUUCUAAAAGCAGCCAGGGUGUACUUAGACAGCAAACGCUACAUUGUCGACAUGUUCGAGGAGGCUGCGGCUCAUAAUCCCUACAAGACCUUCAUAAUCUACGAAAACACGAUAUACACCUAUGGCGAUAUCAACAGAAUGGCCAACAAAUUCGCCAACUUUGUUCGUAAGAAAGGACUGAAACUCGGUGACUGCGCCGCCGUGCUAAUGUAUAACGAACCCUCGUUUAUAUGGAGCUAUCUUGGAUUUGCAAAGCUUGGUAUACGUGUUGCUUUCCUCAACUAUAAUUUAAGAUUAGACCCGCUGGUCCACUGCAUCGAUGUGUCUGAAGCUAAAGUUGUUAUAGUAGGUCACGAUCCAGAAUUAAUUCCAGCCGUGGAAGGUAUUUUCAGCCAAUUGCAGGACAGAGGUGUUGAUGUAUGGAUAACUGGUGGUAGUUAUGAUGGCCCAUAUACUCAUAUAGACAACCACUUAUCCAGUAUGUCGGAACAACCAAUACCACGUGAUACUAGACGCUCGCUUACAGAGAGUGAUAUUUCAGUUUACAUUUUUACUUCCGGUACCACAGGUCAUCCGAAGGCAUCAAAAAUAACAUACUACCGACAACUUAUGGCGGCAUUUAUGCUCAGUCCAGUCGGCAUCACUGCAAACGAUCGUACAUACAUCUCUCUACCUCUCUACCACUCGUCAGCAUCCAUGUUGAGUUUCUCGACAGUGCUGAGGACUCAGUCGACCAUCGUCUUAGCAAGAAAAUUGUCAGUGCGUAGAUUUUGGGAGGACUGUCGUCGCCAUGGUGUUACUGUAAUAUUCUACAUAGGCGAGACUUGUCGUUAUUUACUAAGCCUACCUCCG